CCUACGUCUACCAUCAGUAUUGUUGCAACAGACACCAGUGACAGACAGGGUAUUCUUACUGUUAAAGUGACUUGGACGAUGAGGGCUGCCAUCUCACUGCUGAUGCUGCUGUUCUCCAUCUGUGGAGCUCAGACUCGGAGCACCCGGAGCACAGAAGUCUCUGCCCAGCUGGAUGUCUCUGCUGAGUUGAAGGAACUCAGAGACAUGGUGGUGGAGCAGAGAGUAAUACUAAGAUACACCCAAGAUAACGUUAAGGUAUUGGAGGCAGAGAAUGUAGCAGUGGCAGUCAGGCUGGCAGUCAGUGAGACUAAGGUUCAGACUCUGGAGAGGGCGCUACAGGACACCAAAGCAGAAAUGAAAACAGAGGUAGACAAUCUGAAGAAGGAAAAUGCAGCACAAGAGACAGAGCUGACAGCAGUGAAGACCAGACUGGCAGCUACUGAGACUGAAGUGGAGAAUCUGGAGAAAGAGAUAAAAGCAGCACCCAAGGUGGCCUUUUCAGCAGGUCUGGGUAAGUCAGGAAACACAGUGGCUGGGAGUAAUGUCCUGAACUUGGUCUUUAGUAGAGUCAUCACAAAUGUUGGGCAGGCCUACAGCAGCACUACUGGCUUCUUCACAGCUCCAAUCAGUGGGGUCUACUACUUCAGGUUCACUGUUAUGGAUUAUCUAGACAACCGUGGCAUGGCUAUCAGGAUGUAUAAGAAUGGACGGAAUGGAUCUGGAUCUCUCAUGGAUCUGUAUGAGUAUGACGCUGAUGGCAAGCCCUCCAUUCUGUCCAGUGGCCUGACUCUGCAGCUGGAGAAGGGAGAAGCCGUAAACAUGGUGCUACCAGCAGGCUACAGGCUCUAUGAUGAUACUUUUAACCGCAGCACCUUCAGUGGCUUCCUGCUCUUCCCUCUCUGAACACCAGAAGAUUCCCAUGACCACUCACCAUCUUUAGGAGAUUAUUUGAUUGAGAGAUCAAUGUACAAUCAUUAUAAUUUGUUUGAAAAGGGAUGAAUGUUAAUU